CGCGCCAUUCGACGCGCUGACGUCCUACGCUCCAGGUACUUUCCCCGCAGUCGGUCGGGCUUAGCGUGGAGGCGGGGCGGGGCGCGGGGCGCGCAUGCGCCACAGCGCCAGCACGCUCCCCGGAUCUUGCGGGGGCCUGAGCCUCUCCGCCGGCACAGGCUCCGCUCGCGCUAGCUCGCUCCGGCGGCCAUGUCUACCACCAUCGAGCGGGAAUUUGAGGAGCUGGAUGCCCAGAAUCGUUGGCAGCAGCUGUAUUUGGAAAUUCGCAAUGAAUCCCAUGACUAUCCUCAUAGAGUGGCCAAGUUUCCAGAAAACAGAAAUCGAAACAGAUACAGAGAUGUAAGCCCAUAUGAUCACAGUCGUGUUAAACUACAGAAUGCUGAAAAUGAUUAUAUUAAUGCCAGCUUAGUUGACAUAGAAGAGGCACAAAGAAGUUACAUCUUAACACAGGGUCCACUUCCUAAUACAGCUUGUCAUUUCUGGCUCAUGGUUUGGCAGCAAAAGACCAAAGCAGUUGUCAUGCUAAACCGAGUUGUGGAGAAAGAAUCGGUUAAAUGUGCACAGUACUGGCCAACAAAAGACGACCGAGAGAUGCUGUUUAAAGAAACAGGAUUCAAUGUGAAGUUCUUGUCAGAAGAUGUGAAGUCAUAUUAUACAGUACAUCUACUGCAAUUAGAAAAUAUAAAUAGUGGUGAAACCAGAACAAUAUCUCACUUUCAUUAUACUACCUGGCCAGAUUUUGGAGUCCCGGAAUCACCAGCUUCAUUUCUCAAUUUCUUAUUUAAAGUGAGAGAAUCUGGUUCCUUGAAUCCUGAACAUGGGCCUGCAGUGAUCCACUGUAGUGCAGGCAUUGGGCGAUCAGGCACCUUUUCUCUAGUAGAUACCUGUCUUGUUCUGAUGGAAAAAGGAGAUGAUAUUAACAUUAAACAACUGUUACUGAAUAUGAGAAAAUAUCGAAUGGGACUUAUUCAGACACCAGAUCAACUCAGAUUUUCAUAUAUGACUAUAAUAGAAGGAGCAAAGUUUAUAAAAGGAGAUUCAAAUAUACAGAAACAGUGGAAAGAACUUUCUAAAGAAGAUUUAUGUCCUGCUUUUGAUCAUUCACCAACCAAGAUAAUGACUGAAAAAUACAAUGGGAGCAGGGUAGGACUAGAGGAAGAAAAACUGACAGGUGACAGAUAUACAGGACUGUCCUCUAAAACACAAGAUACUAUGGAGGAGAACAGCGAGAGUGUUCUACGGAAACGAAUUCGAGAAGACAGAAAAGCUAACACAGCUCAGAAGGUGCAGCAGAUGAAACAGAGGCUAAAUGAGACUGAACGAAAAAGAAAAAGGUGGUUAUAUUGGCAACCUAUUCUCACUAAGAUGGGGUUUGUGUCAGUCAUUUUGGUUGGCGUUUUUGUUGGCUGGACACUGUUUUUUCAGCAAAAUGUCCUAUAAAUAAACAAUUUUGCCCAGCAAGCUUCGGCACUAGUAGCUGACAGUGUUGCGUUAAUAUCAAGGGUUUGUCUGUUAGCAAACUCAUAACCCAAAAAUGAAGCAGUAGAAUAGACACCAACCAGGUAAAUGAUAAUUCAGUCCUCAGCCCUACAUCUCAGGGUACCACCCCCAAACUGUAAAUGGCUAUCUAAAAUAAAGACUUUAAUGCCUGUUAAAAACUGUUACAUUUUGCAACUGUAUUCAUACAUGUUAAACGUAAUAUUGCACCUGACCAGAUUGAGAAAUCCUUUAUCACAAGGAUUUGUUUUUGAGGCCAUCUGGAUUUUAACCUGCACUUGAUAUAAGCAAUAAAUAUGGUUUUAUCUACAUUAUUACUGGAAAGAAAAUAACCUUUAAAUAAUGCGUGUUUAAUGUAUAAUGUACUAUUGAUGUGGGCAUCAACAUUUUAUAUUCUUAACCAUUUCAAGGUAAAUAUAUUUUAUAAGUAUCUAUUUAAUCUUACUUUUGUAGUUAAAUGUACUUUUUAAAAAAGCUCAAUUUGAAAAAUCUGUUACCAUAAAAAAUAAAUUGUAUGUUGAUUCAAUUGUACUGGAUACAUUUUCAUAAAGAGAAGUUUGACAUGAGCAGUUAGAACUCUGAAUAAGCAUUUUCUACCAUAUAUUUACAUUUGUUUUAUGUUUUACAGUUUUCCCAAUUUAAAAAAGAAAAACAAAGAAACAAAACUUUUCCCUAAAAAUAUCUUUGAAAGAAAAUUCCCCAUACUGGCAUAGCCAGGCAACAGUUGGUCAAGACUUUGUAAAGAAAUUAGUUUCUGUAAAGCCCAUUAUUAAUACUGUUUAUUUUUCAUGAAAAUUGAAUAUAACUACCCUAAUUUAUAAUUGGGGUAAAUCAUGAUUUAGGAAAUCAAAAUAAGGAACAGCAUUUUAUUAUUCAUGAUUUCAGUUUACUAGACUGAAGUUUUGAAGUAAAAAUUUUUUCAAGUUCUUUCUACUUCAAUAAAUAGUAUGAUGAUGUACAAACCUUAUAUUGUCCCUUUAACUUCUUAAUGGGUAUUUUAAAAGUAUAUUAUUUAAUGAAUUUAACUGCUCAUUUGAAUGCUAGCUUUCUUCAGAUCCCAACAUUCCAGAAAGUGUUUAGCUUGUUUAAUUUAAUAGUUGUUAUAAAUUUAAUUGCUGAAAUAAUGAAAUCACAUUAUUUCAGUGGUUUUCAAACUAUGCUCAUUGGAUUCCUAAGGGGUCACCAAGAGGUGGUAGGAAUGACUCCAGGCUAUCAGCUUGGGCUUUCAACCAGACCACUUCUCCUUCAUCUAUUUUAUAUACUACAUAAGAUUUCUGCAUGAGGCUUAAUUAUUUUAGCAGGUCAGCUAUAAUUUAUAAAACAGUUUGAAAACCAUUGGUAUAGAUAUUUUGAAUUGACUUGAGUAUCCUUGAAUGUGUUAAAUUAUGCUGCAAGUAUGAAAGCAGGAUGUAGGUGGUACUACAUAUUAAAUAAACUUGUGCCUGUGUCCUAA